AUGCAGCUUUUUACUGGCGAGUCCGACGACUCGCAGAUUCUGAGCGUUGCCGACAAGUUGUUUGAGAAACGUGAGGUGCUCGCCGGUCAUGAAUUUUACAGCGUCGGGGAAUCAGCAGACCACUUCUACUUCCUCGCAAGGGGUUGUGUCACGCUCAGUAGAAACAACGGAUUAGAUGGGAGUGUUGAGACCGUAAUGGCGGGGUCCCUGUUCGGUGAAGUCGACUUUUUUGGUCACCAAAAGCGGCAACUGGUGGCAUUCGCGAUGGAACCAUGCGUUGUGUUUGAGAUGCGACGUGAGACGUACGAGAUGAUGCAGGAGCAGAAUCCAGCCUUGCUGACACGGAUUCGUGACAUAGUGAUGCAGUAG